AUGUCGUGGGUCACGGUCCUCAAGUACUUGGAGCCUGCCGACCUUGCGGACGACGACGAGUUUGAGGAAGUCCGGGACGAAGUAACAUCCGAGUUUUCAAAACUGCAUCCGGUGCAAGCCGCCGAGAUUGACCGAGAUACGGGCGUCUGCCGUCUCCAGUACGCAUCGCCGUCGGCGGCCAUGGCGGUCACGCAACACUACGACAACAAGCCGUACGGUGGCACUCCGAUUCGAGUCGAGUGGGCCGGAGGCCAGGUCGUACCACCUCCGACGUCGCAUCCGACUGUCGACGUGCCGCCCGUCCGGAAGCUUCGGAACGCCAGUGCGAUCCGUGCGUACGUCGACCAGAAGAUUGACGUUGGCGGCGAGCUGCAAGUCGGUGUGACGGCGCUCCUCGGACGUCUCAUGCAGCUGCAGGAACGUGCUCGGUUGACCAACCCGCUCAAGGCCAAGAAAACGCGUCGCCUCGUUUUCGGUCUACGCGAGGUGAAGCGAGGUCUCAAGAACCUCAAGGUCAUGUGCUUGCUUGUGGCCUACGACGUGGACGAGUGCGCGGCGGAAGGCGGCCUCGAUGAUAAGAUUGUCGAGCUCAUCGAUUUGGCACGCGCCAACAAGAUCACGGUCGUCUUUGCCCUCUCCAAGCGCAAGCUUGGCAAGGCAGUCCUUAAGACCAUUCGCGUGAGCUGCGUCGGCAUCUACUCGGUCGAUGGCGCCAAUGACAUGUGGACAAGCGUCCAGAAGACCGUCGCGUCGCUGCAACAACCCGACGCGACCGAUCCAAUGCUGGUAGAUGCGAUGGACGCUCUGUCGACGAGCUAGUACUUUUUAGUUUGGG